AACCGGUAUUUCAGUAGAACUGCCGGCCCGUUUUGUAACAGUCUAGGCCGCUUUAUAGUCAUCUUUAAAAUAACCAAAAAAGAAACCAAAAGUUUGUACAUUUUGUAAACAUAAUGCCUGGAUAUUCCGACAGAGAUCGCGGCAGAGAUAGAGGCUAUGGCGGUGGACCUCCACGGUUCGGUGGCAGUCGAAGUGGAGCCGGAGGUGGGGGAGGAAAAUUCGGUAAUCCCGGUGACCGGCUGCGGAAAAAACACUGGAACCUGGACGAGCUCCCGAAGUUUGAGAAGAACUUCUACCAGCAGCAUGCCGACGUCUCUCACAGGUCACCGCAAGAGGUUGAACAAUACAGGAGGACCAGAACAAUUACAGUGAAAGGAAGAGACUGUCCAAACCCUAUUACAAAGUUUCAUGAAGCCAGCUUCCCCACUUACGUAAUGGAAGUGAUCAACAAACAGAACUGGACUGAACCAACACCCAUCCAGGCGCAGGGUUGGCCGUUGGCUCUUGGAGGCAAGGACAUGGUCGGCAUCGCUCAGACUGGCUCUGGCAAGACCCUAGCUUAUCUCCUGCCUGCAAUUGUUCACAUCAACCACCAGCCUUUCUUGGAACGUGGAGAUGGUCCCAUCUGUUUAGUGCUAGCCCCGACUCGUGAGCUGGCCCAGCAGGUGCAGCAGGUGGCUGCAGAGUAUGGCAGAGCUUCUCGCCUGAAAUCAACCUGUAUCUAUGGAGGAGCGCCGAAAGGACCUCAGCUUCGUGACCUGGAAAGAGGUGUGGAGAUCUGCAUUGCCACUCCAGGCAGGCUCAUCGACUUCCUCGAGGCAGGAAAAACAAACCUCCGCAGGUGUACCUACCUGGUGCUGGAUGAGGCUGACAGAAUGUUGGACAUGGGCUUUGAGCCACAGAUUAGGAAAAUUGUUGACCAAAUCAGGCCUGACAGACAGACUCUGAUGUGGAGUGCCACGUGGCCUAAAGAGAUUCGCCAGCUGGCAAACGACUUCCUGAAGGACUAUGUGCAGAUUAACGUUGGUGCCCUUCAGCUCUGUGCCAACCAUAACAUCCGCCAGAUUGUGGAUGUUUGCCGUAACGAAGAUAAGGAGAAGAAGCUCGUCCAUCUGCUACAAGACAUCAUGAGUGAGGAGGAAAACAAGACCAUCAUCUUUGUCGCGACAAAGAUGCAAUGUGAUUAUCUUACCCGUAGAAUUAAGAAAGAAGGGUGGAUUGCUCUGGGACUCCACGGUGAUAAAAGACAAAACGAACGAGACCGCGUUCUUAAUAAGUUCAAAACUGGCGAGGCCCCAAUUCUGAUUGCUACAGAUGUUGCAUCCAGAGGUUUAG